CGCAGUGUCUUUUGUCCAAAACAGAGGGAGCUUCAGUGACAGAAGAAGAAGAAGAGUUUGUUUGACCCUUAAGUAUCUGGACAGAGAAAUCUCUUAGUCUGGUUUAUCACUGAAAACAAGGACUUCGGGGAAGCGGGAGGAGAUGUUUUCCACAGCUACCAGAAACUUUGUGGAUGAGGUGGAUCAUAAAGGUUUGCUGAUCCCAGUGUCCAGCCUGAAUGACUCCAUCUAUGCCCUGUCUGUGGUGGUGAAGCGCAAACGUUUCUGGUUCUGGCAGAGGCCAAAAUAUCUUCCCACUGAUUUUAUUUUCAAUGACAUACUAACAGGAGAGACACCUAUAAAGCCAGUUACAUCAGAGACAGACUUCCUCAAAUAUGUUGGAACAUAUGGUGACAACCUUCAAGGAGGGAUGGACGUAAAUUUAGUCAGCUCCAGUGUGAGCCUGCAGGGUAAAGACUCUUUUAAACUGCAGUCGUCCUUUGGAGGUUUGAAAAAAGAGGAGGUGAACAUGCAGAGGUUGCUGCAAGAGUCCAAAGGCAGAGUCCUGGACAUGUCCCACUCCCUGAUCCAGCAGACAAAGGAGAAGCCCCGGCAGGUGUUAGGGAUUGUGAAGGAGCGUAUCGUGACCACAACACCCUGUUCAGUCAUAGAGGAGGUGCAGCAAGGUGGCCAAUGUGGAGCAGGGUGGACUUUGUACUGGCCCAAGACCACUAAGCAGGUUUCAUUAAAAGAGAACGAGAGCCUGAGUAAAGACACUAAUGUUACCAUGGAGAUUCCCACUAAUACUACCAUUGCCUAUGCCCUCAUAGAACUAGAGAUCAAACAUGAUGGAUGCUACGAGUUGUGUCUGAUGUCAAAUAUAACUGGAGGUUUUGAAGUCGACGGCCCUGCCGAGAAAAAACUGUCGGGAGUGUCAGGAGCUCCGACACACACUGCUGAAAAUAAUCACCUUCAACGAGACCUGGAGCAACUUCAUGAUCAUUUCCAGCUGCUUUCUUCUCUUCCUAUCGCCACAAGAUCCUCUCUGCUCCAGCAGCUUACAAACGUGAUGCAGGACCCAGCUGCCGUCAGUGCACUUCAGAACGUGUUGGACCAGAUCUGUUUCGACAACAACAGUCCUGUGCUGGAUGACGUUAAAGCAACAGAACCUCAAAAACAGAACAUCCAAGCGAUUCUGGACCUUGUAAAACAGUGUGAACAAGUGGAGUCAGCUCGGACAGUCCAGUCCACAUUGGUCCUCAAAGCCCUACACCUCAUUAGCAGUGCUUUGGAUGAGUUGACAAAUGAUUGCCUUGCUGUCUUGGGAAUGUGCUGCAGCCACUCAGUGUUACAGACGAUGGAGCUAUUGGUACAGUGUGUAUCAGGAAAAGGAGAGUUACUCCUCGGCAGUGCAGACCUGCUGACGGAGGACGUCUAUGAACAGGCUGCACAUCUGUUUGCCUCUUCUAAUGUGUCCCUUGGGAGAGACGGGGACACAGUGAGGACAGCAAUAAACCCAGAACCGGGACACCUUCCUCUGGUCCUGUGUAUCGCUGUCCGAGGUCUCGCCUCACUGGCCCCUCUGUGUUUGAGCUGAAGAUGACUUUAUAACCAUCAGCAACAUCAGAUAAUCAGAUACCACACUGAUGAGGUAAUCAGAUUAUUUAUCGAAUAAUUUAAAACACAUGUUUUAUUUUAUUGUAUGAUACGGAUCGUGAAACGUUUAGUCAGUUAAUGCCUCUUAACAGACAAUCAGUGAAGUAAAGAUUUUGAUAAGCAAUGAAAUUUGGACUGUUUUUAUAGAAAAAUGCAAUUAAAUGGUUAUAAUCUUUAAAUGUUUAAUAAAUAAUAAUGCCUUCCUAAAGCUAAACCUUUAGAACAAUCAGAACCAAGAAUAAUCUGUGGCUAUAUUAUGAUGUAAAAUUAUAUGCACGUCAUUCUAGCGGCUGCAAAUUGUUUCUAAUGAUUAUUCUCCUCUGUUGUGUUGUUAGGUGAGAUAUUCAUGAGACUCUCUCACACCACUGUCCCCCCAAAGACAUGAAGGACUCAUUAGCCCUGUUUUAUAUGCCAACAACAAACCUCACUGUAAAAAAAACAUGCGCAAAUGUGUAUUUUUCUCUGAUGCAAAAAUAAACAUGACUUUAUCAACA